UUGCUCCUACGGAGCAUGCGCUGUGCUCCAAGCUCGGCCCCCUCGGAGAAUGUGCAUUUGCUGGGGCGCGGAGGAGCCUUCGCGGUUAUGCAGCUGGCGAAAGGCGUCAUGGCCAAUUUCCGUAUCGCUCUCAUCCAGCUUCACGUGUCUGCUGCCAAAACUGAGAACCUGAACCGAGCCUGUGGUCUUGUGAGGUCUGCAGCACAACAAGGAGCAAAACUUGUGGUUCUCCCAGAAUGCUUCAAUUCUCCCUAUGGCACAAAAUAUUUUCCAGACUAUGCGGAGAAAAUUCCUGGCGAGUCCACACAGAAGCUCUCGGAAAUUGCAAAGGAGUGUGGCGUUUAUCUAAUUGGAGGAUCUAUUCCAGAAGAGGAUGCUGGAAAGCUGUAUAACACAUGCACUGGCUUUGGUCCAGAUGGUGCUAUGAUAACGAAGUACCGAAAGAUUCAUUUGUUUGACAUUAAUGUCCCCGGGAAAAUCCGGUUUCAGGAAUCAGAAACGCUGAGUCCUGGUGCCACAUUAUCUGUGAUUGAUACACCUUAUUGCAAGAUAGGUCUUGGGAUCUGUUAUGACCUCCGCUUUGCUGAGCUUGCUCAAAUCUACACACAGAAAGGUUGCCAGCUCUUGGUGUAUCCAGGGGCUUUUAACUUGACAACGGGGCCAGCCCACUGGGAACUGCUCCAAAGAGGACGAGCUGUCGAUAAUCAAGUCUAUGUGGCAACGGCAUCUCCUGCCAGGGAUGAGAAGGCGUCUUAUGUAGCCUGGGGACACAGCACUGUGGUAAAUCCAUGGGGGGAGGUCAUAGCCAAAGCUGGCACUGAGGAAACUGUUAUCUAUGCAGAUAUAGACCUAAAGAAGCUUGCAGAAGUUCGACAGCAAAUCCCCAUUCUUUCUCAGAAGCGGUCUGAUCUUUAUGCUGUAGAAUCGAAAUUUGCAUGAUGUAUAGAGACUUGGACCAGUACAGAAAAAUCACCUUUCUUUUCCUAAAUCUUUAGUCAAUGAUGAUGAAAAAAUGAAGUGUUCUUCAGAUAAAACUCUAUUAAGGAUAAGAAACCCAAUUUAUAAAUUAAAAAUUCUAUAU